UGUCAUUCUCUAUUCAUCUCAAAACAAAUCUCGUUUGUUAUUCAAAACAAAAAACUUAAGUCCUAAAACAUAAUGGAGCAUGGAAGUCACUCCCGUUCGACACAUUCAAACUUUGGUAAUGAAACCACAAACAUUGAAAACGCCAACAACAAUAUCAACGACAAUAUUGAGAACCAACAUUUACAAGAAACAGGGGAUGAGGAAAUUCAUAUGCCCAUCAAGAAUGUGACAAAAAUCAUGCAGCAGGCUAUUCCCCCAGAUGGAAUAAUCUCUAAGGAUGCCAAGGAGUCAACUCAAUUGUGUGUGACUGAAUUUAUGAACAUCGUCACAAAUGAGGCUAAUGAGCGAUGUAAGGCAGAGAGUCGAAAGAUCAUUAGGGGUGAAGAUUUAAUAUGGGCUAUGGAUAAGUUGGGCUUUGAGGACUAUGUUGGUCCUCUUCUUUUAUUCCAUAAAAAAUAUCUCAACCAUGAAGCUCAAUUGAGUAACAUGCCAUUUGAGCAUGAGUUCAAGAAGGACGGAUCAGGCGCUAGUGGCUCAAACAUUGGUGGUGAUAUUGGCAAAAUUUGAUAUGCAAUGCAUUUAUAGGAAUAAAAAUAAUUUUUUAAUGAUUCUGGUUGUGUUAUGAAUAAAAAAAGGACUUAAAAUUUAAUGAUUUUGUAGAAUUGAAAGUUUGUAAGUUCUUUUACUGUAUGUUUCUUUUGUUUGGAAUAAUUAUUUCAUUUCAUGUAUGGAAAAACUUGAAAAGUAUACAAUUUCACUCUUGGUAUAGUUUUAUUUUCA